AUGGCUGCCGUGAUUACCCCUUUACAAAGGCUCAAGUGGGGUAUUCUACCCGUGAGAAGAAUCGUCGAUGAAGACGAAAAUGGGAACUUCAUCGACCCCACCGAUCAAGAAACUGUGCUCACAAAUGAGGACGACAGUACUGCGAAAGUACUCACUGGACUGGAAGUGCACUCAGUCUCCAGGAAGGAAGAGGAGGAGGAGGAGCCGGAAAUUGAGUAUCGUGACGAGAAAGACCGUCCGUGGUGGAAGUUCUUUGAUGAGUACGAGUAUCGUGUGACUACUCAGGAGAAAAGGAAGAGGAAGUGGUUCAAAUGGUUCCAUGACGACGAUACCCCCGAGGAGAAAAAGUUGAUUACGAAAAUUGACAUCUUGUUGACAUUCUACUCGCUUAUGGCGUAUUGGGUAAAAUACCUCGACCAGACAAAUUUGACAAACGCAUACAUCGGGGGUAUCAAAGAGGCAAUUGGAAUGGAAGGGAACGAUUUUAUCAAUACUCAAGUGAUGUUUACAGUGGGUAAUAUCGUUUUCCAAAUUCCCUGCAUGUAUAUCUUUUAUGCCCUUCCAUUGAAUUAUGUGCUCCCAGUCUUGGACUUUAGUUGGUCAGUAUUGACUAUUUGCACAGCCAAAGUGACGAAUGUCCCCAGCCUCAAAGCAAUCCGUUUCUUUAUUGGAGCGUUUGAAGCACCCACUUACAUUGCCUACCACUCAUUAUUCGCUUCUUGGUUCAAGGCAAGCACAGGUGAAGUAGCUCGCAGAGCUGGGUUCUUUUAUAUGGGGCAAUUCUUGGGAAUCUUGACUUCGGGGGUUCUUUCGGGAGCAAUAAAAAGACACUUGGGAGGGGUCAAUGGAUAUGACGCGUGGCAAUGGAUUUUCAUAGUGGAUGGAAUCAUCAGCUUUGCUGUGGGUGUUAUUGGACUCUAUAUGAUUCCUGGUACCCCACAAGAUUGUUACAGCAUCUUUUUAUCCGAUGAUGACAUUAGAAUUGCCAGAAGACGAAUGAGAAAGGACCAGAAGGAUGCCAAACCUAGAGAAAAUGCGUUUUAUUAUUUCUUUCAAUGGAAUUUAUGGAAAAGAAUUGCCACCUCUUGGCAUGUCUACAUAUUGACUUUGUGGACUGCAUUUUGUUGGAACAAUUCCAACGGGACUUCUGGUGCGUACCCAUUGUGGUUGCAAUCUUUGAAAAAAGAUGAUGGUAAAACCCCUCGAUUCACUGGAGGCACGUUGCAGGACUACACGUCCUUAACCCCAGCAUUGGGCCUUUUGUGGUUGAUAUUGACCUGUUCAUUUGCCGAUUUUCUCGAGAGCCGGUAUGGAGCAAUCAUCUUUUCGCAGGUGUUCAAUGUGAUUGGUAAUGUUUUGCUUGCAAUUUGGGAUGUUCCCGAGGGUGCCAAAUGGUUUGCCUUUUGCAUGCAAUAUUGGGGUUGGAGUUCCUCGCCCGUGCUUUACUCGUUCUUGGGGGAUAUUUGUCGAAGAGAUGUACGCGAGCGACAGAUCAUUUUGGUUUGUUGCAGUAUGUUUGGGCAAAUGACAUCUGCAUGGAUCUCAGUGUUGGUGUGGAAGACGGUUGAGGCGCCAAGAUUCUUGAAGGGUUACAGUUUCACUGCCGCGUCCGGGCUUGCAUUGGCAGUUUGGUCUAUUCCCGUUUUGUACUUGUACAGGAGACAAGAAAGAGCGGGAGCACUUGACAAUAAUAUUGUGCUUUACAACUCAAGCAAAGAUAAAGAGAAGCCUGAUAUUGAGCAAGUCGAUGAGAAAUAG